AUAUCCGUUGUCAGGUGGCGCUGCUAUGGAAAGAUGCGAUCAGAAAGCUGACGAAUGGAAGCUGUUCCCGAGUGGUCAUUUCGGUAAUAGUGGCUAAAACAAACAUUGCGCGAUAUCAACCCUCCAUAUACGGUCUCCUUUGGUUGGGGGCAACAAACUGCGUAUGCACCGAACAAAUACUUUUAAAGAAAUGUCCAUGCUGUAGCAUUACAACGCAGACUUUCCUCGGCGUUUUCAGCUCGAGAGCUCCAGCAUGUCUAAGCGGCGCUCAUUGGAGAGGGGGGCCGGAGAGACCUCAGGCAGGGCCAGCAAGCUCCUCUGUCCUGGAAUAGCUGGAAGCAACGCCAAGAGGGCAGGUCCCUUUGUCCUGGGGCCUCGUUUGGGGAACUCGCCCGUGCCAAGCAUAGUGCAGUGUCUGGCCAGGAAGGAUGGGACGGAUGACUUCUACCAGCUAAAGAUCCUGACGCUGGAGGAGCGGGGAGACGCGACCGGGGAGACCCAGGAGGAGAGGCAGGGGAAGAUGCUGCUGCACACAGAGUACUCCCUCCUCUCGCUGCUCCAUAACCAGGAUGGAGUGGUGCACCACCAUGGCCUGUUCCAGGACCGGGCGUACGAGAUUGUGGAGGACCCGGAGGCCAACAAUGGCAAGGUGCGCCGACUGAAGAAGCGGAUCUGCCUAGUGCUGGACUGCCUCUGUGCGCACGACUUCAGCGACAAGACUGCGGACCUCAUCAACCUGCAGCACUACGUCAUCAAGGAGAAGCGGCUGAGCGAGCGCGAGGCCAUCGUCAUCUUCUACGACGUGGUGCGUGUGGUGGAGGCCCUGCACAAGAAAAACAUUGUGCACCGAGACCUGAAGCUUGGAAACAUGGUGCUGAACAAACGAACUCAUCGGAUUACCAUCACCAACUUCUGCCUGGGCAAGCACCUGGUGAGUGAGGACGACCUGCUGAAGGACCAGCGAGGAAGUCCAGCCUACAUCAGUCCUGACGUACUGAGUGGCCGGCCAUACCACGGAAAGCCCAGUGACAUGUGGGCCCUUGGCGUGGUACUGUUCACCAUGCUCUACGGCCAGUUCCCCUUCUACGACAGCAUACCUCAGGAGCUAUUCCGCAAGAUCAAGGCUGCAGAGUACUCCAUCCCAGAGGACGGGCGUGUGUCGGAGAACACUGUGGGUCUUAUACGGAAGCUGCUGGUGCUAGACCCCCAGCAGAGGCUGACCGCUGCCGAGGUCCUGGAGUCUCUCAGCGGCAUUAUUGCCUCAUGGCAGUCGAUAUCCUCUUUGACCGGUCCUCUUCAGGUUGUACCGGACAUCGAUGACCAGGUCAGCCACCCAGAGCAUCUCCAGGAGGUGAAAAUGACGGAGGAGUCGUCACAGUACGAGUUUGAGAACUACAUGCGCCAGCAGCUGCUGCUGGCCGAGGAGAAGAACACUAUUCACGAGGCCAAGGCCAGUUUCCUCGUCAAGCGCCAGUUCAGCGCCAUCCCGCCCGUGCGGCGCCUGGGCCACGAUGCCACACCCGUCAGCCCUCUGGACGCAGCCAUCCUGGCCCAACGCUUCCUCCGGAAGUAGCCCCUUCACCCAUCACCUUGCCCUCUGGGGGACAAGUGGGGUUGGGGACAAUGGUUGGGUCGGGAAGGUACCCUGAAACUAGUAUCUAUGUGAGCUUAGCCCGACCCUCCCUUGGGUAGAGGGAUCCCUAGCUGUGGAGAGUUAGGCAGGUGGAGUGGGAACAGAUGAUGGGGGGGGGGGGGGGCAGAACUGAUCACUCACCUGACAACCUCUCAUAGUUUUCACACUUCAAGUCUGGGUGUCGGUGGUGUGCACAGGAAUGACAUGGCUGGAGAAUCUGAAGAUCUCAACCAAAGGCUCCCACUGAACCCACCCCUCAGCCAGCCAGCUAUGGGCACAUAUGGACUCAGCCAGCCAGCCAGCUAUGGGCACAUAUGGACUCAGCCAGCCAGCUAUGGGCACAUAUGGACUCAGCCAGCCAGCCAGCUAUGGGCACAUAUGGACUCAGCCAGCCAGCCAGCUAUGGGCACAUAUGGACUCAGCCAGCCAGCCAGCUAUGGGCACAUAUGGACUCAGCCAGCCAGCUAUGGGCACAUAUGGACUCAGCCAGCCAGCCAGCUAUGGGCACAUAUGGACUCAGCCAGCCAGCCAGCUAUGGGCACAUAUGGACUCAGCCAGCCAGCCAGCUAUGGGCACAUAUGGACUCAGCCAGCCAGCCAGCUAUGGGCACAUAUGGACUCAGCCAGCCAGCCAGCUAUGGGCACAUAUGGACUCAGCCAGCCAGCCAGCUAUGGGCACAUAUGGACUCAGCCAGCCAGCUAUGGGCACAUAUGGACUCAGCCAGCCAGCUAUGAGCACAUAUGGACUCAGCCAGCCAGCUAUGGGCACAUAUGGACUCGUACAGGCCAGGGGGAUACCAGACGCGUGUGUGUUUGGCCAUGGAAAUGCCCCCCCCAUAUGUUUCUCUCUGCUGAGACCUGGCCAUCGCCCUCCUACCUACCCCCAUUUAUUCUUGAAAACCCUGAGCAAUACAGGGCCAGAAGAACCAUGUAGCAACCUUCCUCUAACCUCCCUCUCCUCAACUCUCCAAACUAAGAUCACUUGAUCAUGGAUGUAAUUCACUCUCUUUAGUUUCCUCAUAACCAAAAUUAUCUGGACUAGUCCCGUCUCUAAGCUGAAGACUUCAAAUCUACCUCUCUCAAUCUUUACUUUGAUUUUUUUGUGUGCAUUUUAAACCAUGUCCACCAUUCUCGGAAAACAAGGAAUUGUCGGGGUAGUGUUGUCACCGUAGACAGAAAGCAUUACUAUGUUUUGGUGCAUAAUGGUUUGGAAUGUGGAAUAUGAAUAAGCUUUUUCCCUUAUGACUAAUAAGUAGCAUUUUAACCUUCUAUCUAUUCUACAUUGAAAAUGCUAACUAUCAAAGGGUGGCCAAAUCGACUACUUCUGUCUAAGUCUAGCAGAUUAUAUUGUUUUCUUGCUUUCGCUCUCACCCCUAUUUUUUUUUUUGCAUUUAAGUGUCAAGUACCUGGAAGAGCUGGAUGGGGCGACGUUUAUUAGAUGUUUAAUGUUGAUCCUCUCCCGUUAUUGCUCUUCUAAUUGGCAUCUUUGGAUUAAUAAUCACGACGUGGACACUAUCAUUUUUGAAAUCAUGGCGCGUCUUAACUGAUUGUUAGCCAAGGAAAUGAUACCUCCCCCUCGUUCACCACUGAACAACUUCCAGGUAUUCAACUUCCGUUUUAUCCUGUGACAUCAUCAUUGUGAGACAGUUAUUGGGCAUGAAUUUGAGUGACCGGCAAUGCCAAUGAUUGUCAUUGUGUAGAUAAGUGUGAUUUGGGCCAGGGGUGUAUGAGACUAAGCCAGGGCCUUUUCAGUGGUAGGUGCCGACUAGAGCCACGUUAUUGGAGCCUAGUGAGUCAGUGCAGAUCCUUAAACUAACCAUCCUUCCCAAUCUGUUUAUCUUGCCUGCCUCAGUUGCUCGCACACACUGAGAACAUACAGGCUUUUUUUAAAGACUGGCUGGACUGCAUGUGUCCGCUAUGAAAGAUGGGCAUCCCUCAUUUUGCCCCGGUCUUAGUCAUGAAUGCUCUAGUGCGUAGCCAAGUUUAAAAUCAAACAAAACCGUGAUGAUCAUAGUAGCUCUCCCUUUUAGCUCUUGUAAGUUAUAUUGUAGUAGCUGAGCAUGAAAGACUUACUAUGGUGUUGAUAGUGGUAAUUGAAUAGUGUAAUAUUUCAUAGAGAAACUCAACCGUGAGGUUGUCUGUCGCGUUAUGCACAUUCUCAAGCCUCCCUCUGCUGGCGGUGCCGUAGUGGUGCCAAACGUCGUGAUCAAUCCAAUCAUUCUGCAGUACACUCGUCUAAAGUACACUAGUGUCCUUGAAAUACGACGACAUUGCAAAAGUAGGAAGAUAUUUAGUACGAAAAAUGUUUGCCAUUAUGUCGGCAAAUUUACUUUAGACAGAUGGCAAUGUUGUCAUUUGUUAGCAAAGUUUGUCAAAUAGCUGCCAAUGUUGCUAAGCUACUAACUCGUGAACAAUAUUAGUCAUCUGUUCACAUAAGCUUGCCCAUCUUUAUGGGUAUUCGCAUUGCUUAGACCUUCACCCUAUUUAUAUCCAAAUUGAUCGCGAGUAGAAACUUGAGUCAGUUAUGUCCUUUUCAUUGUAUAUUGUCUUUUUCCUCAAUUUCAUGUACGUUAAUUUUGUUAUUUAUUCACUGUCCAUUUUCAGGCAUCAAAUCUAUUUUCCAUUUUUAGCUUUAAGCAAGAAGUGUUCUGGUUUCAUUUGUUUCUCCAAACAUUCAAACUUGAGCUGCCAUUGCAGUUUUUUCUCUCUAUCAGCCAUGUUCAUUAAAGAUCUCUUUUUAUAUUUUCUUUUACCAUUGCCACACACUCGUGGUCGAUUUAAGCUACACUAAUAAUGAGACUGACUCUGCAUAGUUCUAUUUUUUACACAAAUAAUCGUGCAUUAUGAUGAUUUAUGGUAGUGAUCUGUUUAUUACCCGGAUCCCAGUUCUGUUUGUGCAGACUUGCCAACUCCUGUUUCCUUGACAAUGACCAGCACAAACAGUUCUGGGACCAGGCCAACUGUUUAUCGCCCCAUACCAGACUUUUGGUCAGUAUGUAAAUAUAAUACCAUCAUUACAGGGACAACACCAGUAGAGCGUCCAUCUAGUGGAACGAUACCAGCUCUGAUCAGGGGUACAUUCAGUAAGGUGAUAUGUUGCAGAUAAAAAUGUGUUGAAUAGAACUGACAUGAGUCCAAAUUCAACAUGACAGGAAAUCAUAUCUUCAUCUGAACGUUUUGUAACGUUGCACACUCUUGAACAGCCCCGCUUCAACACAAAUUCUAUAUAGACAUGCAUUAGAGGCAAUGCUAGCCACCACCUUUUGAGAAAAAUAAAUAAAUACAUGUAAUGAGAUUUUGUGAUGUUAGCUUUUUUCCCACCUCAAUGUGAAUUUUGGGUAUAAAAGCAGUAUUGUAGUUGAUAGUGUGUCAGUAGUUCAUGAGAAAGGGGUAUUUUGUGAACUCCACAGCCCUUGCUGAAGUUGAAGGCAAAUUUGUGACCCCGUCUUACUUGAGGGUGACCAUAACCCACUAUUGGAUAUAAAUAUGCAGGUUUAUUAGGUAAGACCCUUGAUAGUAAUGUAUUAUCUGAAGCAUUAUCAAGAUAGUGUUCACAUUUGGCUGUUGGACUUGUCCCAUUUGUCUAUGAAAGUUGUCCCCUUCAUAGAUGUUCUGUGGACUGAAAGCACCAUACGAAGCAUGAUCUUGAGCUCUUUGUAAAAUGUGAUUUUGCAUGAUUUUUAUUUUUUACUUGCAAGGUGGUCCCACAAUUAUAAUUGCCUGAAAUCAACCAACCAGGAAGAAUUGGGAAUUUGAGUCUUACAGAAAAACCUAAUGUUUUUCAUAAUACAACCGAUUUUUCAUUUAAUGAACAUUCAUCUUAAGUUUUCAUUUUUACUAUAAUUCAAAAAUAUGGGAAAAAUCUGUCAGUUUAACGAUGUAUUUGAUUUGCUGAAUAUUACAACUGGAAAAUAGAUGGUGUAUGAUGUGAUGGUAAAAAAUGGUUGAAAACCAGCAGGAUUUGUUGUAAGCUGCUUUGUUGGAUAUGAGCAUCUAAUACAAAAACCUGGCUAAUUGUACAGAGAUGGAAAAAAAGUUUGUAUAAAAGACAUAUUUUUGUACUUCAUCAAAUCUCUACAUGCAUGUCGGCAAUAAACUUUGAUAUGGAAAAGUAA